AUGACUAGCGACCAAAUGACUGAUUUACCUGCAUUUUCAUUGCUCUCGGCAGAAACACAUACGGCCAUUGCCCAGUUUUUAUCGGUGAAUGACCUUAAAGCUUUGAGCCAGACGAGCCGUGCGCUUCGAGAGGUUUAUGCUCCAUUAGCAUGGUCCCGGUGCAUUGCAUUUGGUUCUGGGCCCGGUCCUCUUGAGACCCAGCGAGAAGCCCGAGCAUAUGAAGCACGUGCACGCGUGCACAACAACUAUACGUGGCGAGCCGUUCCAUGGGCGGCGGUUGUGGCACCACAAAAGUACGCGUCGUGGUUCCGGAGCGAGUUUAUACGGCACCUGAGACUGGAGAGGGAUCUAGAGACAGAGCUUGGUGCUGGAUGGACACAAGUGUUGGAGGGAGUCAUUGGUCAGUACCCAGAGCUGAGGACUGUAGAUGUGCGACACGCAGCGCCUGUGUUGAAGAAGAGGAAAAAUAGCACUGAGACAAGUGCGGUGGGAAAAUUGGAGCAUGAUAUUUACAGUUUUUCCAAGGUUGUGGACGAUACUGGAGACUCAUCAAGUGUUGUUGCAAACCUACUACGACUGCAACAGCUGGGCAAUGUUGUGGAGAUUUUUGAGCUGAUUUUGUCUGGACAGGGACCCUCGGAUGCGCGACAAGCUGCAGCAGCCAGUGUUGGGUUUGUGCUAGAGAAUUUGACAUUACUAGUGCUUGGGGCCAUGCCCGUGGAAUGGUUCAAGUAUGUGGUGGAUCAGACUAGCAAUUGGCCAAACCUGCGGAUUUUCAGUGCUCACGAGAUUUACAUUGGCUGUGAAAAUGGCUGGGAUGCCAAACUAGAGACACUAAAUGCAUUACCGUCUGCUCAAUUGUCAUCAUACGAGCUAGUUCUGGAACAAGACAAUAAGUACGAGCAUGAUAUUGAGGAGUCUGGAGGACGUUCAUUAGCACUAGAAGCAACGCGCGUGACACUUAAGCAGGCGACAAGACCAGAGUCUCUGUUUGAUUCGUGUUCGUUUAAGAGCCUUGAUUUACUGACUAUUAUAGGGGCCGACGAAUAUUAUGCAGAGACAGAGAUACAACCAUUUUUGCUUCACGAAUUUGUGCCGACCAUUACGAGACUAUCGAUCGACUUGUCACUAGUCAAGUGUCAGCGCAAGAGUAUAGAGUCUCUAGCAAAGUUACCUUUGCUCAAACGACUACAUGUUUUGGCUGUGGUGCGACUUCAGGACGAGUCGCGAGAUCAGUAUUACACAGUAGCUUCAUGUGUUCAGGAACUGUUGACGAUGGCCAAGCCACUUAAGGACCGAGCAGCCAGAGCCCAGGGAGUACGUGAUGCGUUAGAAAAGGCGCCGACUGGGUUUGUUUCUAAGCUGCUUAACUAUAAUGCCGGCACAGACGUGGUACAGACCGUGACAGAUCUUGUUGCAAAACCAGCAACAGUGUUUGACUCUGAGGAUAUUGACACGCAGCUACUAUUUGGGCCUGCUGCUACGCUUGAGGUGAUUUUUGGCGAGGUUGUCCCACAGCUUCGCAAGACGCUUGAGUAUUUAUCUGUUACGCUUGUUGACGAGCACUUGAUGGCCAUUGCACUUCCUGGACUCGGUGCACUAUUACAAGAAGCCGGGCUACAAAAGCCUGAAGACUACGCACUACGUCAAGUGAAGGUGUUUAGUCGGUUAGAGCAGCAGAUUGUGAGUACGGUUGGGUCCUUGUAUGAUGUGGUGCCGUGGUAUCCGUACCGAUUCUUUAGUAACUACGAUGGGAACGGACACACGACGACCAGUGUUUUAUAUGAUGUGAAGCAGAAGCGGAAUCUUGAUGAGCUUACAGAUGAGACGGCACCGGCGGGUUCGGGCAGUGUUGCAGAGACGGAGAUUUUUGAGGACGGGUUUGCAGGGUGGCUACGCUAG